GCGGGAUCGUGUCAGCAAUUCCAAAUAAAAGAUCUGCAUAUAUAUACUGUACCUCGCCAGGCAGCAUUCGCGCGAUUUCGCGGUCUGGCUCUCGUCUCCCUCUCAUAAGACUGCUUGACAGCAAACAAGCCUUACUAGAACUUCUAAAAUCUGAAGCUCACCAUAAUAAGCCAACACAACGAGAACCAUGGAUGCCGCAUCGUACCUCUCGAGGCUCCUCCGCUUCGAGGUGCUGCUGACGCUGCUGGGGGUGUAUCUCGCCCCGCUCAUAGCCUACAAGGCCUACAAAAUCUUCAUCUACCCCUACUACAUAUCACCCCUGAGACAGCUCCCAGGGCCAAAGAACCAUCAUUUCCUCCUCGGCCACACGCUCCACCAACUCCGCAGCGGCCACCCCAACGAGCCCUACCUCUCCUGGAUGCGCCAAUGGCCGAACCCGCAGCCCGCGGGACUGAUCCGGUACUUUGACGUGGGCAACGCGGACGCGGUGCUGGUCACCAGCCUGGCCGCGCUCAGGGAGAUCCUGCACGACAAGUGCUACUCGUUCCAGAAGCCGGCCUUCUUCAAGCGGCUGGUCGCCGACAUGGUCGGCUUCGGACUGGUGUUCACCGAGGGCGAGGAGCAUAAGAGGCAGCGGAGGCUGUUGGCGGGGCUGUUCUCGCCGGGCAAUCUCCGCGAGGCGCUGGUGCCCCUUUUUCGGGACAAGGCUGGGCAUAUGGUGGAGAUGUUGGAUCGGGUUGUUGAGGAGGAGGGCGGGGUUGUGGAUUUGGUGUCCCUGUACUCCAAGAUCAUGCUGGAUAUCAUGGGCGUCUUCGCACUGGGCGUGGAACUGGGCAAUCUGCAGCAGCCGGCGAACGACGCGGCGGCGGCCGACAACUCGUUCGACCACUGCUACCACGAACUAUUCGACCCCGACAGCUGGGGCCAGAUUCUGAUGGGGCUCAAUGCCGUUUUCCCCGUGCGAUGGCUGCCCUUCGAGGCCAAUCGGCGCUUCAAGCAGGCGUUGCACACGGUGCGCAGCCAGUUGAUGGCCAUCAUCCAGGACAGGAUCCGGACCGUGGGCGAAUGGAGGGCGGCUGGUGUGGAUAGCGACGCGUAUAAGGGCAAGGACCUGCUGACGUUUAUGGUGGCCGAGAAGUACUACGCGGAUAGCGACCGCUGGAGCCAGGAGUAUAUCAUGGAGCAGAUCCUUACCUUUCUUGCAGCCGGCCACGAAACCACAGCCGCGGGGCUCACAUGGGGCACCCAGCUGCUGAUCGAGCACCCGGACUCGGCCCACCGUCUCCGAAGCGAGAUCGACGCUCUCCUCCGCCGCGAACCCGUGCCCGACCAGCGCAGCAUCGAGAGCCUCCCUUACCUGCACAACUUCACGCGCGAGGUGCUGCGCCUCCAGCCCCCCGGCGUCAACGUGGCGCGCGAGGCGGUCGAGGACGUGGUCAUACAGAACAAGGUGGUGUUGCCGCGCGGCACUACCGUGCUGGUGCAGCCGGCCGUGCUGAACCGCAACCCGACCAUCUGGGGCCCCGACUGCGACGAGUUCCGCCCGGACCGCUGGGACCGGCUCGAGGGCGACGCGGCUGACCCGUGGGCCUUUGCGACCUUCCCGCUCGGUCCGAGGGUGUGCAUUGGCAAGGCGAUGAGCCUGCUCGAGUUCAAGAUGAUCUUUGUGGAGCUGGUGUCGAAGUUUGAUGUUGAGGGGGUGGUGCCCGGUGCGAAGGUGGGGGAUAUUAGGCUUAUUAACCCGAGCCCGUUGCUGAGGCCUGAGGGUGGGCUUAAGGUGCGCGUGAGGAGGAGGGCGGUGUAGUAGGAGUUUGUUUUGGGGUAUGGUUUCUGUACUUUGUAGCAAGGUCUGGAUACAUAGGGUACGUAUUAGCAGUAGUGGUUUCCUAAUUCAUCGCUUUGUGGCUU